CAGGGCACCCACACUCCGUGCCAUCCCUGUCUGGAGAAGCAGUUCCACUUUCCAGCGAAGCACUGGACCAGAGUCAGGACCCGAGUCCAGGCCCAGCUCUGCCACUCGCUAGCUGUGGGCCCAGGUUCCCUGGAGAAAAGCCGGCUGUGGCCCAGCAGUACAUGAAGGAGCCUUGGAACCUUUCUGGGGUGUGAAGUCCUCUGCCCAGUGGGAACAAGAUGUCGACCUACAAGCGGGCCACGCUGGACGAGGAGGACCUGGUGGACUCGCUCUCCGAGGGCGACGUGUACCCCAACGGCCUGCAGGUGAACUUCCGCAGCCCCCGGAGCGGCCAGAGCUGCUGGGCUGCACGGACCCAGGUGGAGAAGCGGCUGGUGGUGCUGGUGGCACUUCUGGUGGCAGGACUGGUGGCCUGUUUGGCAGCACUGGGCAUCCAGUAUCGGACAAGAUCCCCCUCAGUGUGCCUGAGCGAGGCCUGCGUCUCAGUGACCAGCUCCAUCUUGAGCUCCAUGGACCCGACGGUGGACCCUUGCCAAGACUUUUUCAGCUAUGCCUGCGGUGGCUGGAUCAAGGCCAACCCUGUGCCUGAUGGCCACUCACGCUGGGGCACCUUCAGCAACCUCUGGGAACAUAACCAAGCCAUCAUCAAGCACCUCCUUGAAAACUCCACGGCCAGCGUGAGCGAGGCAGAGAAGAAGGCCCAGGUGUACUAUCGUGCCUGUAUGAACGAAACCAGGAUCGAGGAGCUCAGGGCCACACCCCUGAUGGAGUUAAUUGAGAAGCUCGGGGGCUGGAACAUCACAGGCCCCUGGGCGAAGGACAACUUCCAGGACACCCUGCAGGCGGUCACUGCCCACUACCGCACCUCACCCUUCUUCUCUGUGUACGUCAGCGCCGACUCCAAGAACUCCAACAGCAAUGUGAUCCAGGUUGACCAGUCUGGCCUGGGCUUACCCUCAAGAGACUAUUACCUGAACAAAACUGAAAACGAAAAGGUGCUGACUGGAUACCUGAACUACAUGGUCCAGCUGGGGAAGCUGCUGGGCGGGGGGGACGAGGAAGCCAUUCGGCCGCAGAUGCAGCAGAUCCUGGACUUUGAGACGGCGCUGGCCAACAUCACGAUCCCCCAGGAGAAGCGCCGGGACGAGGAGCUCAUCUACCACAAAGUGACUGCGGCCGAGCUGCAGACCUUGGCACCUGCCAUCAACUGGUUGCCCUUCCUCAACACCAUCUUCUACCCCGUGGAGAUCAAUGAGACCGAGCCCAUCGUGGUUUACGACAAAGAAUACCUGGAGCAGGUGUCCACUCUCAUCAACAACACCGACAAAUGGCUGCUGAACAACUACAUGAUCUGGAACCUGGUGCGGAAAACUAGUUCCUUCCUGGAUCAGCGCUUUCAGGAUGCUGAUGAGAAGUUCAUGGAAAUCAUGUAUGGGACGAAGAAGACCUGUCUUCCCCGCUGGAAGUUUUGCGUGAGUGACACAGAAAACAACCUGGGCUUUGCCCUGGGCCCCAUGUUUGUCAAAGCGACCUUCGCCGAGGACAGCAAGAACAUAGCCACUGAGAUCAUUCUGGAAAUCAAGAAGGCAUUUGAGGAAAGCCUGAGCACUCUGAAGUGGAUGGAUGAAGACACCCGGAAAUCGGCCAAGGAAAAGGCGGAUGCCAUCUACAACAUGAUAGGUUACCCCAACUUCAUCAUGGACCCCAAGGAGCUGGACAAAGUUUUCAACGACUACACCGCAGUUCCAGACCUCUACUUUGAGAACGCCAUGCGGUUUUUCAACUUCUCGUGGAGGGUCACUGCCGACCAGCUCAGGAAAGCCCCCAACAGAGAUCAGUGGAGCAUGACCCCGCCCAUGGUGAACGCGUACUACUCGCCCACCAAGAAUGAGAUUGUGUUUCCAGCCGGGAUCCUGCAGGCACCGUUCUACACCCGCGCCUCACCCAAGGCUUUAAACUUUGGUGGCAUUGGCGUCGUUGUGGGCCAUGAGCUGACUCACGCUUUUGACGAUCAAGGACGGGAGUACGACAAGGAUGGGAAUCUGCGGCCCUGGUGGAAGAACUCAUCUGUGGAGGCCUUCAAGCAGCAGACCGAGUGCAUGGUGGAGCAGUACAGUAACUACAGUGUCAACGGGGAGCCGGUGAACGGCCGGCACACCCUCGGGGAGAACAUCGCUGACAACGGGGGCCUCAAGGCGGCCUAUCGGGCUUAUCAGAACUGGGUGAAGAAGAAUGGGGCUGAGCAGACGUUGCCCACUCUGGGCCUCACCAACAACCAACUCUUCUUCCUGGGGUUUGCACAGGUCUGGUGCUCUGUCCGCACACCCGAGAGCUCGCACGAAGGUCUCAUCACCGAUCCCCACAGCCCCUCCCGCUUCCGAGUCAUUGGCUCCCUGUCCAACUCCAAGGAGUUCUCGGAACACUUCCACUGCCCGCUUGGCUCACCCAUGAACCCUCAUCACAAAUGCGAAGUCUGGUAAGGGCCACCACGCAGAGCGCCGAGACAGAGGAGGGGAGAGGGCCGAGGAGCGGCCCUCACAGCGGUGGCCACAAGUCUGCCCCUCCAUCCAGGCCUUCGCUCAGUCCCCUUGGCCACCAGGGUCCCCUUCCCUGCACUGGAGGGUUUCCAGCCAGAACCAAGCCUGUCAUGGAGGUUGUCAGCAUAACCCGAGAUUCGAUCCCCUGUGAAGACCGUUCGUCCCAGGCACACAAGCACCAACUGUAGCGGGCAUUUGGGUGUCAGGCUGGUGGCUGGCCAGGCCUGGGCCCACAUGACAAGGGCAGUGGGGUAUAGCGCCCUGCCCACAUCCAGCACCAGAUACACCACAGAUACCACUGUGUCAAAUGC